AUGGCAAUUAAAGUUGCUGUUAUAGGUGCGGGAGGUGUCGGGCUGUCCGCGAUGAAGAACUUCAUCGAGGACGGCUUUGAUGUCACUACGUACGAGUCUCGUGACUUUGUAGGGGGCCUUUGGAAGGACUCCAACGACUCCACCAUUUCGGUCCAUUCGACUACUAUCUUCAAUACCAGCAAGUAUCGUGCAGGAUUUUCGGACUUCCCCUUGGCCGAAACAGAUGAUGAUUAUCCUACAGCAGCUCAACUUCACAGUUGGCUUGUCAGAUACGCUGAACAUUUCAAUCUCCUACCAAGAAUCGAGCUCGGCACGAAGGUCCUCAACAUCAACCGAGUAGGUGACCAGUGGGCACUGAAAAGCCAAAAAGUCAACACAGGCCAAGUAACAACCGAAUAUUUCGACAAAGUCUGUGUCGCCACAGGAACAUUCUUCACUCCAAAAUGGCCAAAGCUGGAAGGGCUGGACAAAUUCGCUGGUAGAGUCAUCCAUUCGAUCGAUUAUCACAACCCAGAAGAAUUCAAAGACCAGCGAGUCUUGAUCGUCGGCAUGCACGCUACAGCUCAGGACGUCACAAACUCGCUGUCUGAAGCCGCAAAUCAUGUAUAUCUAGCACACCGAAGCGGUCUACUACUCCUCCCUCGAUACAACAGCGAUGGUUCUACAUCCGACCGAACUGCAUCUUUGAAGUUCACACUGUUCAUGGCGUUUAUGUAUCGGCACUUCCCAACGCUAUGGAACUGGUUAUUUAAGAAAUUACUGAACAUGAUAUCCGCAAAGGCUUUCCCGAACCUCCCCAAAGAAUGGGGAUUACUUCCAGCUCCUCACCCAGCGAUCUCGACUCCUCUCUUUGCAGAUACUCUCUGGCCUCAUCUCCAAUCCAAAUUCGCCGAGCCCAUCCCAGCAAUUCAACGGAUCACCGGUCCUCACUCAGUCGAACUGACAAACGGACGAAUUCUAGAAGACAUCGACUCCAUCAUCUACUGCACAGGCUACUACACCAGUCUCCCAGAAGGGAUGAUUCCCCAAUCAACUGGCUCUGGUUCCGAGUCUCUACACCCCUACCCCAACAACACCAUCAACUCACCCCCAAACCUCUACCGCAACAUCUUCCCCCUACACUCCGACGCCUCCAUCCGCAACUGCCUCGCCUUCCUCGGCCACGGCGGCAUUGUCUUCCCAGGCCUCAUCCAAUUCGAGCUCAACGCCAUGGCCAUAUCUCAAGUCUGGCGCGGCAAGACCCUCCUACCACCACACAGCGAAAUGCUCGCCUGGCACCAAACCCACCUCGCAGAACGCAAACGCAACAUCUCGUACUACGGCGCGCUCGAAAACUCUACUUACUACCCUACAUUCAUGAACCUGGGUGAGCAUCUCAAAUGGGUGGACGAGGCGGCUGGGACGGGGAUAUAUAGGAAUUUGGGGAUGGCGUGGGGGAAUUGGAGGGCGUGGAAGUUGUGGUGGGAGGAUAGGGAGUUGUAUGGGUUGGUGAUGGGAGGGGUGUUUACGUCGUUUGUGUGGAGGCUUUUUGAGGGGGGGAAGAGGAGGGCGAUGGAGUGGGGGGAGUGUAGGGCGGCGAUUUUGAGGCAGAAUGAGUUGGCGGAGGAGGGGAGGAGGAGGAGGUUGGAGGGGAAGAAGAGCGUGUAG